AUGGGUUGGUUUUUAUUCUACUUGAGUUUCUCAAGUGCACAUGAAAACAUAACGUCUUUCGAGCUUAUCAAGAAUACAUCGAAAUAUGCAUACGUUACAUCAAUAAAUUCUCUUUCAUACAAAGAUAUAAAUAUUAUUCAAGCACUCACUCUAGGAUUCACACUCAAAAAAUACUCACCAGAUAUAGACCGAGUCCUAUUAAUACCAUAUAAGAUGAAAUUACGUAAAAAUGACAAGGAUUCACUACUUAAAGUUUAUACAUACAUAUUGCGUAUGCCAUUCAUUACACCACACUGCCAAAAAGGAGGACAGUACCUAUAUGAAGGCAAGAAUUUCUUCUUUUUGAACGCGUGGACACUUACGCAUUAUCACAAAAUUUUAUUAGUACCUUUAUAUUCAUUCUACAGAAAAGAUCCGUCUUCCUUUUUCAAAAAUAGAGUACCAGCAGCGCCACCUCACUACAAACUCUGGAGUAUGAGCCAUAUGGGUCCAUUUCCUAAUAUUGAGAACCUAAUGUUCAAGCCAUCAACAGGUGAUUUGGAAAAGAUAGAAGAAACAUAUUGCCAACUUUAUACAGAUAAUUUUUUAAGAUACCAGAAAAGACCUCUGACUGAUCUAAUUUUAACAACAAUUAUUACAUUUUAUAACUCAUCAAUCAUAUCUGUUCCAUUUUGGUAUCAAUUUAUAUAUCCAGGUACCAGGAUUGAUGAAAAAACAAAAUUUAUGAAUGUAAAUGAUCCAAGAAUCAUCUCAGUGAAGUACGAAGAACCGAAUACGCCAUGGAGUAAUCCAUUUUCCCUUAUUAGAGAAGAAUGGUACAAGCUAGUUAACGAAAUGUAUAACGAAUUAAAUAAUGAAAACUUUGUACCAAUAGUUCUCACCGAAAUCCAAGAUACUUACAGGCAUGAUGAUCAUCCAGCCAUAUUGGAUACAAAUGAUCUCGUUUUGACAAGUUAUAUUGAAUUUUAUUCACGACCAAAAUUUCAAAUUUUUAUCCAAUGCAUAUUGAUAUUCCUAAUAUCAGUAUUUUGCGUGUAUUUCUCUCUUUGUUUCCUCGAAAUCGACAUGUAUGCACCAAUUAUUAUAAUAGAUAACGUGAAUUAUGAUACUAACAUUAAGAAGCAAGAUUAG